UGGACCCUGGAUGACGCAGGGGCCUGGAGCUCCCCGAGCGCAACCACGACUCCUCACCAGUACUACACGCUUGGUAUGAAUCUGUAGCUGCCGAUUUCUCUCUCUCGGGUUUCUCGCGAUGAACUGGAUUGUUUGGGCCUCUGCGCCCCUCGUCUUCCUCGGGUUCUGGCUCUAUACCAGCACCCUGAGCGCAUCCUUCCCCACACUACAGAACAAGCGCAUCUUGCUGCUCAUAGCCCAUCCAGAUGACGAGGCCAUGUUCUUUGCGCCGACUUUGCUCGCUUUGACGCGUCCAGAACUUGGGAAUCACAUCAAAAUCCUAUGUCUAAGCAGCGGCGACGCUGACGGUCUAGGCGAGACCCGCAAGAAAGAGCUGAUAAAAAGCGGUCUACAGCUCGGCAUCGGCAGCAAAGACGAUAUCCUCAUCAUAGAAGACAAGAACUUCCCCGACUCCAUGACAGUAACAUGGCACCCACGCCUAAUCUCCAACCUCCUAACCUCGGCCUUCGCCCCCAAAAUGGCCUCCGUAUCCGCCAAAGAAGCCCCCCUCGCGACCAUCGACGCAAUCCUGACCUUCGACGCCCACGGCAUCUCCUCGCAUCCCAACCACAAAUCGCUCUACCACGGCGCGCACUCGUUUCUCAAAGCGCUUAUGCACCGGCAUAGCGGCUGGGAAUGUCCGGUCAAACUUUACACGCUGACUACGACGUCGAUAUUGCGGAAGUACGUGCAUUUACUGGAUGCGCCGGCGACGAUUGUAGGCGCUAUUCUGAGCAAGAAGGCGAUGGGUGACUUUCCUACGCCUCUGCUUUUUGUCAGCUCGCCGUUGGGGUAUAGGACUGCGCAGAAGGCUAUGACGAGUGCGCAUGAGAGUCAGAUGAGGUGGUUUCGGUGGGGGUGGAUUGGUAUGGCGAGGUAUAUGGUGAUUAAUGAUUUGAAGAAGGAGAAGACGCUUUGAGGUGGGUUGGGGGAAGAUGGGAGAACGUAUUCUUACAUCGCCACUUCUCUUGCGGUGUUUACCUUUCAAGUUACGCUGUGUCGAUCUUCAGGCUGUCUUCACUUGGCAAUGUCCUUGCUCCUGAAACCAGCGCAUAGGUCACUAACGUGGACACUUACGUCUAUGAGGGCCACAAAGGAGUGCGACGAAAACCUGAGUAAGCCGUGCAGCAGAUGGCUAGUACCACCUCAGGCACACGAUCACCGCUGUUUGGCAAACUUCACGAGCUAUGCUGAAUCCGCGGGAGGUCCACAGGUAAGAUCGAAUACCUGGAAUUCUACACGAUAUUCUCUCGGAC